CUGCACACAUUACCUGCUCUUCAUCCUUCUCCGUGCUCAUCACUUAUCGCCAGGCAAGCACCGAGGCACCGACCAGGAUCACAAACCCCGCGGAGAAGCGUAAAGUAUGCCCCCCGAGGCGCUUCGGUUUGGACCCGGUGUCUGUUGUUUAAUCUUUGGCGGAUUUUACGUGGACGAGUUAGUGAAUGGAUCCAAAGGACACCGAGCCGUAAGUUGCAGGUUAAAGCUGGAAAACUUCUAGUUUGAAGCUUAUUGGAUUGUGAUUCUGCAGCGGAGGACUUCCCACAUCAAAAGCUGCUGCUGCCCGCAGAAACCGCCGGGGAGCUCUGUGAGGACCCUGUGAUUUCUCGUGUAGUGGAUCUCAGAUCCCAGAUCUCCUCCACUGAAGAUCUGUCACUUCAGGCCCGUUUGUGAAUACACAUCUCGAAGAUGAGAGGUGUCUCCUCUCUCUGUCCUCCUCUUGGUCGAAUGUGGAUGGAUGUGGCGUCGUGAGGAGGCACUAGCCUGAGGACAGUUUGGAGUUUUUUGCCCACACAUUCUUCACCUCAUGCAGUUCCUUCGGCCGGCCUGGGCUCUGACUGCCGCCGCGGUCUGCUUCCUGCUCCUAUUGCUCCUCCACAGCCAAAUCCUGAGGGAAGGCCAGCUGGUAGCAGGGACCUGUGAGAUUGUGACUCUGGACCGUGACAGCAGCCAGCCCAGGAGGACCAUCGCACGGCAGACAGCUCGCUGCGCCUGCAAGAAGGAACAGAUUGCUGGUACGACGAGAGCCAGACCAGCCUGUGUGGAUGUUCGUAUCAUCACGAGUCGACAGUGGUGUGAGAUGACUCCAUGCUUAGAGGAUGAAGGCUGUAAUCUCCUGGUCAAUCAGUCAGGCUGGACCUGUACUCAACCAGGAGGCAGAGUGAAAACCACCACGGUCUCCUGACACUGACAACUACAACAACUACAACUCACCAGAAAGACAGGUUCCCAUCAUCCAUUACCCAUCAUCAGCUAGCGGACCAUACUCUCCAGCUUCAGUUGCUGAAGACCAAUCACAGAACACCGCAGCCUUCAGAGUCGCAGGUCAAAGCACCAGCACUUCCUGUUUGAUGCAUCGGUGAACUCUGGAAACUGAAGCUUAAACUUCUUUUGGGGAAAAACAGUGACUGUGUUCAUUUUCCAAGAGAUUUGAAAAGCAAUUUUAGUGCAUUGGAUGGAUAUCUUUUUUGUGGCACAAAACUCUGUUUCAUUUUUACAUACCAAAGAUGAACAGAGCCCACGAAGACAUGUUUUUGGAGGGGAUGAGACAUUCAGAAUGCCACUAUACCUACUAUAUCUUUGCAUAGAAAUGAAAAUAUUGUAUAAUUAUCUACUACAUGGCUUAACUAAGAAAAGUUUUAAAAAAAAAGUUAUAAAGAGUUAUUUAAAAAAAAAAAAUGUGUUUCUGGAUGAAGAGAGAUGAAGCUGUUGUUUCUGUUGAGACACUCUGGCUAUGUGCUGGACAUCAGUCUGGUAGAGAGGAUAAAAAAUCAUAUCUGACAUUUUUAUGAUAGAAACAUCAAGACUUGCACUUUAUGUAGACAUUUGAAAUGUUGUUUUACAGAUAGAAAUUUCCAUCGACCAGGCAGGAACACUUUGAGUGUGGUAACAAGUAGAAAAAUAUACAGUAACUGUUCAAACUGAUGCGCAUACUUAAAACAAUGGAACUAAGUGAACCUCAGACAGUUUUUAUAGUACUUGAUUUUGAACCUCUUUGGGUUCACUUUUAUGUUAUAUCAGACAUUACAAUUGUCAAAGAUUUCAGUUUUAUUGUGCAGGUAACAACUGAGGCAGUGAUGCUGAUAAAUGCAUGGAACUUCAGCAAUGUGAACUCACCUAAUUUAAUUUAGACAUAAAUUAGGUGAUUAGCCUAAUUUAAUUUAGACAUAAAUUAAUUUAGACAUAAAUUAAAUUAGGACAUAAAUUAAAUUAGGCAGCACGGUGGCAUGGUGGUUAGCACUGUUGCCGCACAGCAAGAAGGUCCUGAGU